UUCCCUCCCCAACAGGCGGCCCUUUCCUCGGGGUCCCGCCUGGUACCAGGGUCCCCCUCAGCCGGGGGACUGCGCCUGGAAGCUGUCAUGGAAGCCCUGCAGAGGCAGCAGGCAGCUCGGCUGGCCCAGGGGGUGGGGCCAUUGGCACCUCCACGCCCGCUGCUGCCACCCCAGCCUCCCCUGCCUGACCAUCGGACCCUACAGGCCCCUGAGGGGGCUUUGGGGGAGGCUGCGGCUGAGGAAGAGGAAGAUGCUGAAGAAGAUGAGGAGGGAGAGGAAGCCGGAGCAGAGGAGGAGGCAGCUGAGGAGAGCCGUCCAGGGGCCCAGGGACCCAGCUCACUUUCUAGUCAGCCCCCUGGACUCCAUCCUCAUGAGUGGACCUACGAGGAACAAUUCAAGCAGCUGUAUGAGCUCGAUGCAGACCCCAAGAGGAAGGAAUUUCUGGAUGACCUGUUUAGCUUCAUGCAAAAGAGGGGGACGCCAGUGAACCGCGUGCCCAUCAUGGCGAAGCAGGUGCUGGACUUGUACGCUCUGUUUCGCCUGGUGACCGCCAAGGGCGGCCUGGUGGAAGUCAUCAACCGCAAAGUGUGGCGGGAGGUCACGCGCGGCCUCAGCCUACCCACCACCAUCACCUCGGCCGCCUUCACUCUACGCACCCAGUACAUGAAGUACCUGUACCCGUACGAGUGCGAGACUCGAGCGCUCAGCUCCCCAGGGGAGCUCCAGGCCGCCAUAGACAGCAAUCGGCGCGAGGGCCGUCGCCAUGCUUACACCGCUACCCCUCUCUUCGGCUUGGCAGGGCUGCCCCCUCGGGGCGCUCAGGGUCCAGCCAUGGGUCCUGGCCCCGCCCCUCCGGCGACCGCGUCCAGCCCCGGCCCUGUCCAGGGUUCCGCCUCCGGCCUGCCAGCGCACGCCUGCGCUCAGUUGAGUCAAUGCCCUAUUAAGAAAGAGGACAGUGGAAUUCCAGCCCCUCGCCUGGCACUGCCUGUGGGCCUGGCAUUGGGACAAACACAGGAGAAGCUGGCAUCAGAGGAGCCCCCAGAGAAAAGAGCUGUGCUGAUGGGGCCCAUGGACCCACCUCGAUCUGGCAUGCCCCCCAGCUUCCUGCCCCGUGGCAAGGUUCCCCUGAGGGGUGAGGAGGGGCUUGUUGUGAGAGGGCUUCGGGACUGUACACUGAGGGAGGAUUAA